AGGGGGAGCAAUGAAAGGGCUGAGUGCUCCUAGUAAAUAUUUAUAUUGCAUUAUGAUACGCACAAGAAUGAAAGAGAGAGAGAAGCGAGAUGAGGAGAGAGAAAAAGGGGGGAUAGAGCGCCCCCAUCCCUUUAUUAAUUUUAUUCUCAACCGCUAAGUUUAGCAUUCAACACGUGUCGCCAAUGAUGGAGAAAGGGGAAGGAGGAGGGAGGAGGCAGGAGGGAGAGAGAGGGAGAGAGAGAGGUUGACGGUUGCUAGGUGACGAAGCGCAUAUACUGAAUUUUAACAAAAGAACGGGGAAAGAGGGAGAGAGAGAGAGGAGAGAGGGAGGGAGAGAGGUGAAGAGAGAGAUCGGAACUGUAGAACAUACAUAUAUAGAGAUAUAUUUUCUCAGUGUGUGUGUCUAUGUGUGUGUGUGUGUGUGCGUGGAGGUUUGGGGGGACACCCGCAAAACGGAUACUUCAAAAAGGAAGGAUGUAAAAAGGAUGGAGAGACGCGGGGACAGAGGGGGGACAGGCUGCUGAAAAACAGCACCCUCUCUUAGUGCGAUAUCUAUCUGCCUCCCCCCUCGGCAGGUUGCCAUGGUCGCCUUACCUACUCUCUCUCUCCUAUUGGUCCUGGCAGAGUGGACAGGUCUGGUAGACGCCUCACCGCACCUCCUGCUGCGGCCGAGCCCGCGGGAGCGAGAUGCUGGGGCCAUGAUGAACUUCAACAUCGCUGUGAUCCAUGCCGGUGCUACGGUGCAGGCGGAGGCGGCGGUGGCGGGGCCUGCAGGGAGGGUGCUCUAUCCCGGAUUCGGCCGGGUGUACGGUACCCUGGGGGAGAGCGUGGUCACCCAGUGGGGCUCUGCUAACGUCAUCUGGCUACAGGUGAACGACAGCAGUCCUAAGACAGUGCUGUCCCAACUGUGUGAGCUGCUGGCUGCUCGGCCCCUCCAGGGUCUAGUAUAUGAAGAGGAGAGGCCUCCGCGCACAGCCUGGGGUCCGUUAGCCCCCAUGCUGGAGUUUGUCUCAGCGCAGACAGGAUUACCCAUAGUGGCUGUAGGAGGGGGAGCGGGUCUUGGGAGGAUGCCACAGGAAACAGGUUCCAUCUUUCUCCAGUUUAGCUCCUCUACUGCCCUCCAGUUAGAGGUCAUCUUCGAGGUGCUGGAGGAGUACGACUGGACGGCCUUUUCGGUGGUAUCAACCCGUCACCAUGGCUACCAAGAGUUUCUGUCGGUGGUGGAGGGCCUGACGGACGGGUCAUUCAUCGGCUGGGAGAAGAAGAGCGUGGUGAUCCUGAAUGUGACUGACGACCCAGGGGGGGCGCGCACACGCAGGCUGCUGAAGGAGAACGAGGCGCAGCUUUAUCUUGCUCCCCUACUUUUCCAACCCUGUCGCUCUUCAUGUCUCCCCUGUCCUCUCCUUAUCUCACUAGUGUGUGUGUCUCCCUCGUCCUGUUUCCCUCCCUGCUAUCCUGCUGUCCUGCAGGUACGCUUGCUGUACUGCUCCCAGGAGGAGGCUGAGCUGGUGUUCAGAGCGGCGUGGGCUGCCGGUCAGGCCGGGGCGUCGCACAUGUGGUUUGCUGUUGGGCCCGCUCUCUCAGGUUUAGGCAUGGAGAACCUGCCUCGGGCUCUGUUUGCAGUCCGUCCUCAGGGCUGGAGGGAUGAGCCCCGGCGGAGGAUUGCUCGCGGUGUCUCUGUCUUGACUCAUGGGGCGGUGGCAAUGCGUAAGGAUUAUGGAACAACAGGCGGCCCCAACUUUGUCACAAACUGCAUGACGGAUGCCAAUCAGACCCAGAGACUGCGGGGCAGGAUGAGGUACUUCAGCAACAUCACGCUCGGUGGUCGGGAUUACUCCUUUAGCAGUGAUGGCUACCUGGCCAACCCCUUUUUAGAUGUCAUUUCCUGGACCCCUGGACGAGGAUGGGAAGAUGUAGGCUGGUGGGAGAACGGUGUGCUGAGGCUGAGACACCCGGCAUGGUCCCGCUAUGGUCCCUUCCUCAAACCGCCUGAUGAUGCCCAGCACCUGCGCGUGGUCACGCUGGAGGAAAGGCCAUUUGUUAUCGUGGAGCUGGCCGAUGCUGCGUCUGGGACUUGCAUUCGUGAUUCUGUGCCCUGCAGGCGACCUCUUAACGCAAGUGCUUUGCCUGAAGGCACAACUCCCAUGAAGCAAUGCUGCAAGGGAUUCUGCAUCGACAUCCUCAAGAGACUGGCCAAGAUCGUCGGCUUCACCUACGACCUUUAUUUAGUAACAAAUGGGAAGCAUGGGAAGAAAAUUGAUGGCGUUUGGAAUGGCAUGAUUGGAGAGGUGGUGUAUAAGCGAGCGGACAUGGCCAUUGGCUCCCUGACCAUCAAUGAGGAGAGGUCAGAGGUGGUGGAUUUCUCUGUCCCUUUUGUGGAGACAGGCAUCAGUGUCAUGGUCUCCCGUAGCAACGGAACUGUAUCACCCUCUGCUUUCUUAGAGCCCUACAGUCCAGCAGUGUGGGUGAUGAUGUUCGUCAUGUGCCUGACCGUGGUGGCUGUGACUGUCUUCAUUUUUGAGUUUUUCAGUCCUGUGGGCUACAACCGUAGCUUGCAGACAGGAAAGAAGGCAGGAGGCUCAACAUUCACCAUUGGAAAGUCGGUGUGGCUCUUGUGGGCCAUCGUAUUCAACAACUCUGUGCCGGUGGAGAACCCCAGAGGAACCACCAGCAAGAUCAUGGUUCUGAUCUGGGCCUUUUUCGCUGUUAUCUUCCUGGCCUCCUACACUGCUAACCUAGCUGCCUUCAUGAUCCAAGAGGAGUACAUUGACACGGUGUCAGGUCUCUCGGACAAGAAGUUUCAGCAUCCAGAGGAGCAAUACCCACCCCUGAAGUUUGGCACCGUUCCCAACGGGAGCACAGAGAAAAACAUCCGCUCCAACUACCCGGACAUGCACCAGUACAUGGGCAAAUACAACCAGAGGGGAGUGGAAGAUGCCAUCCUGAACCUCAAAACUGGGAAGCUGGAUGCUUUUAUAUAUGAUGCUGCAGUAUUGAAUUACAUGGCCAGGAAGGACGAAGGUUGUAAGGUGAUGACCAUAGGCUCGGGGAAGGUUUUUGCCACCACAGGCUACGGUAUCGCCCUGCACAAAAACUCACGUUGGAAACGUCCUCUUGACCUGGCGCUGCUGCAGCUGGUGGGAGAUGAUGAGAUCGAGAUGCUGGAGCGACUUUGGCUGUCUGGUAUCUGCCACAAUGACAAAAUCGAGGUGAUGAGCAGCAAGUUGGAUAUAGACAAUAUGGCCGGGGUCUUCUACAUGUUGCUAGUGGCCAUGGGCCUCAGUCUGCUGGUAUUUGCCUGGGAACAUCUGGUCUACUGGAAGUUACGCCACUGCAUGGCCACAAGUUCUGGCAAACUGGACUUUCUUCUCGCAAUCAGCAGGGGCAUGUAUAGCUGCUGCAGCUUCGAAGAUGAAACAGCACCAGGUGGCCCUAAAUCUUUGUCUUCUCAUCACCACACGGCAAUGGUUGCAGUCUCUUCCCAGCCACACGUUGUUGCAACCUCUAUGACAAAUCCAGCCAUCGCCUUGGUGCAGCAGCAACCACCAUCACAGCAACAGGCUCAGUCUGUCUACAAAACACCUCUACCUGGUUCUCCUCCCACUAUGGUGCAUACUGGGACAGCACUUGGUCCCUCCAGCACCCCUAUUUCGGGGGCACCCCUUCCUUGUUCCACAUUUUUGCCAAGGCCAGAUCGCAGACUGGCUGUUGUGGAUCGAUGGAGACUGCCCAAGUCUGGCACAGCCACCAAUCCAAUGGCUGUCAGGGGGACCAUCACUGACAUGGGACCGUUUACUCAGAAAGUCCCACAAAACUGGGCUCCAGCUGGUGGCGGGGGUGGGGGACUUGAUGGCUAUAAGAGGUAUUAUGGUCCCAUUGACCCUGAGGGACUGGGACCCUGCAUGGAGCAGCAAGCAGGGUCCCAGACCCCCAAGACUUUGCCCCGGGGCCACCCUCAGCCUCCUCCCACCACUGUGGCCUUCUAUUCAGAAAAGGGCAUGGACCAUGGGGUGGGGAAGAGGGCAGGGGGAGUUGGCAGUGGAGGUCAGGGGAAAGGGCCUGUUAAAUCUCUGGGAACUCCCAGGCUGCCACCGAAGAGUCAGGCCCCUCUACCCCCUACACCUCCAUUGCCACAUCCCUCUCCCCCUCCUCCUUCAUCCUUCUGGAGAAAACGCAGGCCAAAAAAGACCAAAGAGCCUGGAGGACCCCUGUAUGAAAAUAUUUUGCCACUGGGGCGGAGGGGAGAGGCCCGUGAUGGAGUGAAGGAAGGAGGCGGUAGGAGGGCACGCCCUCUAUCGCCUCCCAUUUCACUUCCCGUGCCCGUACCCCUUAGCCCCUCAUAUACUCCUCCUUCUCCCUCGGCAUCCUUGCACUAUACCUCCUCAACCUCUUCGUCGACCACCUCUUCUACAUCUACGUCAUCAACUGCUUCAUCUUCACGCUCCACUUCACCAAGCUACUCCUAUAGCUCUUCAAGGAGUACACGAGACAGGACGGGCGGAAUUGAUGGAGAGGAUGAUGAUGACGAUGAGGAACUGACAGAAGAAUCAAGCCUCCUGCUUGGGAGAGGAAGGGAAAGGGAGCGCUCAACCAUCCGUCCUCGGUCAUUCAGCCACGGUCGCUUGCCACCACCCAUACCUCCCAGGAAACCACGCACAUCCUGGGGAGACAGAGACAGAGGACGCGAGAGAAGGGGGAGCCAACUGUCUCAACUUCAAGAAUGGUGGGCAAGCUGGAAUGAACGAGAGCGUGGUGGAGUUGGUGGUGAUUCUGAGAGACAGAAGCGGGAAAAGAAGAGAAGGAAAGAGAAGGAGAAAGAGAAAAAGAAGAAGAAAAAGAAUAAGAAACGGAAAAAGAGGGAAGAAAGGGAAAGAGAACGAGAGAGAGAAAGGAAGAGACGAAAGGUAAAGAAGAAGAAGAAAAAAGCCUUGAAGACCAAAAAGAGAAAGAAAUCAAUUGGGGGUAAACAUUCAGAGCCAGAGGAGGGUGAUGCGGAGCCUGAAAGGGAAGGAGAUGCAGAUGGAGACAGGGACGGAUUGCAAGAGUAUACCUCCUUUUCUGCACAGUACAGGAGCACAUUUGGAGAAAAGGGGCGGGACUCAUGGGAUGGAGACAGGGAUAAGGAAGGAAAUGACAGGGAUGAGGAUGACAGUGGUAGAAGCAGAGAAAGACGGUCCAAGUCCUCUCACUCUCGACAUCGUCCACCAAGUAAACGGUACCCUAACCUGAACAAACUCCCUGCAUCAGUCAAAUUCUGGGUGAAUGGCAGAGGAGAUAAUUCAAAUACUCCAGUAUCAUCUUUACACCCACUGUUGCCAUCGUAUAAGAGGCGUAAAAGUACAGGGAUGGAUAAAGAGGUUGGAGGAAGAGGUGGGGAGCGAAGACCCUUGCUAAUGCAUUAUGAAAAAGAGAAAGCGCAGACAAGGGAGGGAUUGUCUUUCCACGAAUGGGACAGUGAUGAUGACGAAGAUGACGAAGACGAUGCUGAUGAUGAUGAUGAGGAAGACGAAAUUAGGAAUAGAGGCAGGGAACAGUCAGGUGAGAGAGGCAGGAGGACAGGAAGGGGUGCAGUCUCUGAGUCAGAGAGAGACAGGACAAGGCCAGAAGAUAGUUACUCAGAUGAUGGCUCGUCUGGAGAGUUUGGGCGUUUUGAGAGGUACUGGGAGGGAGGGGCAGGAGGCAGUAGCACUCAUAUAGGGGGCAUAGGUGGUGGUGGAUGGUUUUUUGGCACAUACCCAUCCAGGGAAAGAGGAGGAAGUAUAAACAGCCGUGAUGAUUCUCUACUAGGAACAAGGGCAGAGGGCUGGAUCGGAACAGAUUUCUGGGGUUCAGGGCCAGGUGGGGGUUGGGGAUCUGAAGGAGGGAGUGGGGGACUAGGUUCACAGUGGCCACCAACACCUACGUCUUUCCCACCACCAAGAAGAUACUGGUCUAUGGACAAGAUCCCUGUGAAGGGAGAAAGAAAAUGGAAGAGUGGAGGUGGAAAAAGCAAAAGCCGCAGCAGGGACAGAGAUGCUGGACGGGUCACAAUGUGCUCCUGUAGCCUAUACCCACAUCCCCACCCAUACCCACAUCCUGACAGGCGGUCACCAACCACCCACCCAAAGAGAGGGGCAACCACACUUUCACAUAGCCAGGAAGAGCUAUUGCCCCAUUGUCACAGCUUCAGUGGAGGAUCCCGCCCAAAGCCCCUCCCCGGUAAAUCAGAUCCAAUUCAAGCCAAAUCAGGCAGCCAAUCUAACCUCAGCCUUGGCGCGCAGCCUGCGGACCAUCCACCCCAGACAUCACCGUCCCCACCUCAACAGCCAUCUAUGUCCCCAACAUCUCUCCCGAUGCCCAUUCCUCCUCCUCCCUCUUCAUCCUCUGUGUCUCCACCAGCAGGAGUAGGCAGGGCUGGCAAGGGUCAUGCUCAGACUGCUGCCAGUGCCAAGCUCCAAUACCAGAGACUUCGCUCUGUGCCUCAACCCAGGAGGUUCUACUCCCCCCAUCUGCCACUUAAAGCCAAGAGUCUGUGCUCACGCCGAGGUUCCGCCCACUUCUCCAGCCUGGAGAGUGAAGUAUGACAGGGGGAGAGGAGAGAGGGAGACGUAGAAGCAAGCACCAAUACUAUUGAGAACUGUGGUGCCAUGGCAGCAGAAACCAGGGAUGAGUGCAGAGAGCUUGCUGCCUUGGUGAACAUCAGUAAUCAGUUAGCGGCCAUCACUGCAGGAAUAAACGUGGACAGUAGCCCUACUGCUAACACUGCUAUGUGUUUGAGCAACCCUACUGCCACUUGCUCCUUUGUACGCGUCCUUGUGAGGGCAACGGUGCAGCGCAACACCAGGGUGAGCUUUCUCACCUUGGAUAGUUCUAAUGACGAAAGUGACGCAGAGGCCACAUCACUGGGCUCAGCUGCACCUGAACUUCUCCUUCGCUCUGAAUUGAGCUUUGUGAUGUCAUCUUCUGUACUCCUACCCUCCCAGAGUAACAACUAUGGAUAAGUGUAGUCUCCAACCAGUGAGUAAUGAUGUCAUAUAUAUUUGUACACUCACACAAACAAAUAUGCACUCACAUGCAAAACACACACAUAACACAUGCAGACACAGGCUCAAAACGUCUCCCUCCCUCUGGCAUGAGAACACUUUGGUGUGAUAAAGUCGGAGACAAUGACUCCCAAAUGAUGCCACUGGCGUGUCAACAAACACUGUUAUCAAUGGCUCAUAGCUUUUAAACAAGCUUGCUGGACUGCUUCUUGGAGUCAAAGAGACUUUUUGUAAAUCAGAAAUGAGAAGCAAUUCAGUCACUUCUCAUGCACUAUGUCAGAUUCUGUUUUCACGGGGCAGCAAGGACAGAGUUGUUCAUGUACCCUUUGACCAUGUCACCAUGUGACCCACCUAGCUCUACCCCAGGACUGUCUAUGUGAUGUCUCAUUUUACUAUAAACCCUUUUAAUCCAACUGACUGAGCAGGAAUCACGCUUCUUUUUAAUGGAGUGUGACAUGUCACCUCUGAUUCUGAAUGGAAAUGGAACACUCAAUAACGGUAUUUGAACACAAAGGAUCUUAUAUUUAAAAAGAAAUAAUAAGAACAAAAAAAUACGUGUAGCAUCCUCUUAUGUCUGUCUUUUAUUUCCUUAUUAAAAUUGCUCUCCCACCAUCAUUUCUACCCGAUCAAUAUAUUUGUCGGUUGAAUAAGGAAGGCUGAAUGUGGCUUGUGUUGGCAGUGGGAACAGUUGAUGAUGUUUUUACACUGCGAAAGGGAAGUGGUCUCCAGGUUUCCCUCGAACGCUUGCUACACUUCAUUUCACAGCCCGUAGCUGGAUCAAAUGGAUGAUUGGUGCAAUAUCAGUAAUUGGCACUAGAUGGCUGUAUAAUAUUCAAAUUAUCUUCAAACAUCGAAGCCUGUGGGUGAUAUAAUUAUUUCAGCUAGGGGAACUAAUUGGUGCACAAAUAGAUUUUUGUUGUGUUUGAAAUUGGGUUGUUGUUUUUUUUAAUUCAACACACACUUCUUGUAAAAAUCAUGGACGAGUUUUGAAACACAUUGAAGCACAAUGAACCUCCAAUACUCUCUGGUUACAUAGCAUUAAAAUUCCCACACACCUGAUAAGGAAGCUAUAUACUGUGAAUAUUUAAAGUGCUAAUUUAAGAGCUAUAUAAAUGAAUCCUUCUUUGAUUAUUAGAAGACUGUUUGGUUUCGAGAUGUAUUUCAAGCAGAUGUGUUUGCAUCUGACAUGUUAUAGUAAUAGAACAUUGUUCAUGCCACAAUCGGAUGUGCUUUUAUUUUUAUUCAAUUUAAAGAGCUACUAUGGCAUGAGCUGAUGAGACGUGACUCCGGUGGAUGGUGGAUGUAUGUAAAGAGGACUGUAAACUUGUGCUGCGUUUUAGCGUCAUUCUCUCUGCUAGGUGAGGCAAAAGCCAUUUACUGAGUAAACUGUGCCAAUUUAGCAAUGGGAACACUGCGUUUCAUAAGAUAACAGGCUCAUCUCACAUACUAAGACCAGCCACAGCCCAGCUCUUCUACUGUAGUUGAAUGUAGCUUUGACAUGAUGUAGCAAAAUAACAUUUACUUUUCAACUUUGUAGCUUUUGGAUGCUGUUGAUAUUGGCUUGAAGGUGAGGGGGGUGUGUUGCUAUGUGAGGGGCUGUGUGUUGUGUUUGUGCAUGUCGUCACAGAUCGAAGGGUUAGUUGACCUUCUCAAGUCCCCUUUCUAGCACAGUCCUUUCAUCUGCACACAGAUUGCUUUGUCCGAGGACUGUUUGGGUUUUUCAUUCCGAAUUUUCCAGAAAUUAUUUUUGGCAUACCCCUGAUGUUUUAAAAUCUGAAUCACUGCAUGUCGAAUUGAAUGAAAGCUCAAUGAGCAAUUGUGAUUAAGUUGUAAUUUUGGACCAACUGCAGCCAUUCUUUGGAGUCAGUCGCUGAAAGUAACAGUUGUAGGACACCCGUAUGUGAUCAGUCAACAGGGCUCAAACCUGGUGUGUCAUUGUUCAUUUCUACUGAGGCGCUAAUACUUAAGUCUGUGACUGCAUGAACAGAAGUGAAUCUUAUCAAUCUUUUGCCUACUUUUGUUUUAUUUAAAAAAAAAUUAAAAUAUGCUGUUUUUGAGAAUGUACCAUGUUAUACUGUGAUUUAACUGAAAUAUUUUAUUGUAUUUUCGAUUUGAUCAUUUAAAAAGAAUUCUAUAUGUACAAAUAAAUAUAUACAUAUAUACAUGCAGGUAUAUAUAUAUUAGUUUGAUAUAUUUGGAGGAAGUGGUAGAUGAAAUAGUUUUAAAUGUUCAGCUUUGUAGCAAUUCUAGAAAUCAUUUUUUCGAACUUUGAUUCCUCCUAUAUGACUGUGAAAACAUUAGUGCCUGUGACAAAAGAAGACAAGUAAAAGUCUAAAAAUCGAUUCAUUUGUCAUCUACUAAACUAUCAGUCUGUCACUCCUCUCGAACUACCUAACACUAUUGUUUGAUGCUUUCGACUUUACUUUUCUUUAUCUCGUCUUGCUCGGUUGUUUCAUUUCAGAUCUUUGAUCUGUUAUUUCAGCAUCUCAGUCUGCAGGCCACCUUGAAUUAUUUCCACCAUUGGCUUUUAUUUCCUGGUCAUACUAAAAGCAGCUCACUUAGCAAAAAAAAAAAACAACAAAAAAAACAAAACAAAACAGAGACCAGUAGAUACUGUGUUCUUGCUCCUUUUGAUUGAUUGUUGUUGAUGAUGCCGAUGAUCACCUAAUCGAUGAAACAAUUGAUGUUAUGUGACUGAAGUGUGUAUCUAAAGACCAUGCCACUGUAGCAAGUCUGGGCUGAACCACCUACCAGCGGGCAAAUGAGGCCACAGUUGCCAUGGUGUUGCCAUGGCAUUUACAUGGCGUUGCCAUGGUGUCCUCUGCACCGCCACCUCCUGGUGCCUGCUGGGUAAUAUAGCAUAAUGUCCUUCACCUCUCUCAGAGAGCACUGGUCAAAGAUCUGCUCUGUUCUCCUCUGCUCUGUUACUGAAUCAAUGGGGCCAUUCAAACAGCCUCAGUGAGGAAGUGCUGAGCGGCAGAAUGAUGGUGAUGUGCCUGAUACUGAUCUAGACUGGACUGGUUCUGUGUCUUGGAUAACACCAUGCUAGUUUUUUUUUUUUUGUUUUUAAUCAUAACUUUACUCUGCAUGGCAUGAUGUCCCAAAUGCUUGGUUCUGAUCAGGACUGUCUCCAUGUGUAUCCAAGACAGAAUGUAUUUGCAAUAAGCAGGCCCACCUCAGUGAACCCACUUUGGCAUGAUCCUGUUACUCACCUUUGUUUUGUUGCAGCCCAAUUUCCCAACGACACACAUUCAGCCAAUCACAAAAGCUCAAUUUCAUUUGAAGAAUGACAAUAAACCAUCAACACGGUCUCAUGGGUGUCUUCUAUGUAAAGUCUGGAUGGCUGAGGAAGAUAGUUUCAUCUGUAUGUACUGUUGGCUGUUCUCUGUCGCUCCAUUUGUAGUCAGUUGGUUUCCGUGUCGAACGUUAUGUACGUGCUCAUCUUUUGUUUCUGUGUGACGUCUCGAUGUGCUUUGAUUUCCGCUGACAGUAUGCAGUCCAGUCCAGCCAAGUGCAGUGAAGUUGGCGCACUGAAGUCCUGGUGCAGCCUGCAACCACACCUUCUCUCUUAUGGCCUGUGACCUGGGGGGAGAACAAGUGGUGUUCCAGAUAUUAAACAGGGUCUUCAUUGGCUAAACAUGCCGUGAUUUAUAUCAAGGAAACACCUGACCAGGUCCAAGGUUUUGUACGUUGCACUAAGAAGUCUGCCUCAGUGACCGGACACAUUGACCCACAGGAGACCUCAGUGUGUGUUUUUGAGCAGUGUUCAAGGCCUUGGAACCUCUCUAAUACAACAGAACUUUUUAGGGUUACAAGGCAUACAGAGUGAUACCGUGACUCUAAGCCCAGACAGGCCUGGUCUAUUCCUCAACUCAAAUGUGAUAGUUGACUGGACAUUGUCUGUCGGGGGUGGGGCUGGACAGUCAGUGCUGCACUUAACUUUCUUGAGAAUUGCUUCAUAAAAUAUGAUUCUCUUUAAUUGAUGCCGGGUGUGAUGUGUUUCCUUCCAUCUUCUCUUCCAUGAUAACAUCAUUCAAGGUGCUGGCGGCGAGUGAUUUUCCAUACAAGCUAUUAGCUCCUUCACCGCUAAUUUAUGAAGAGCUCAAAUAGCACUUUUCUGGCAUUUUGACAGGCGAGUCUCUGCCAAAGUGUGUGUCUGCACACUUUUCUCAGUGGGCUCUUGUUCCUUGUCAAACUUGAGCUUUGAUCUGGCCGGCGCUGACCGGUUAUAAUCCACUUCCCUCACUGUCAAAGAAAGUAACACACCUCACACUCAGCCUGAGAGGUGGGAACAGUGUCGUAUCUGAAGAGACUUUCACAACAUACCUUGAAGUUAUCAAGGUUCGGUUCGUUGAGACGUUUAACUCUUUCAUUAGAAAUAGAUUUCACAUAGUAAAUCAACCUUGAUAAAGGUAUCGGAUGCAAAGUUAUCGCAUGAUCUUAGUAAGUGUGAGGAGUGUCGAAAAUGAAAAUUUGGCUCAUCAGUCACAGACUUCUCUCUAGCCCAUGGGUGGGCAACAAAAUGUCAUCUGCCACAGAGUGUGGUGUUGUAAAUGAAAGGACGGAAAAAACAGCAGGAGUAUGAAAUAGAAAAUGUUACAAGUAAGCAUAUUAACAAAUGGAAUUUUGCCAUGCAAUCAAGGUCACAUCAAAUUUCAUUCCAUAUAUACUUUAUUUACAAAUAAGUCAAGUGACAAAACAUGUACAUAAGAUAUAAGGGCAUAAUAUAUUUUUUACAUUUAUUUUGAACAAGAAAACCCCCCAAAACAUAAUUGAAAAGAAUAGAACAGUCAUGAAUAGAAAAAAAAGGGGGGAAAUAGGCAUGAUUAGUUUUAUGUAAAUAUAUUUCGAUUUCAAACAAAAUGUUUGACAGUUGAGAUCAAAUGAAGCGUCAUAGAGUUCAGGCAAAUAAAUCCCUUGGGUUUGUAUCGAUGCAAAGAAGUAGCUCACAGUCUUGCUACCUUGCUACGCCUGGCACCUCCAGACAAUGACGGCUCAAGGGUUUGACAUUUCUUUAUUGAACAGUAGUUGGUUCUGCAUAUUGAUGGAGAAAAAUUAUUGACAUUGUCGUGCAAUAGUACUGUAUUUCUAUCCAGUUUCUCCUUUCUAUUUAUUUUAAGAUUGUAAUUCCAUCUUGAAUAUAUGAAAUUUAAGUAUAUAAUAUUUUUCUUUCAUGACGUUUUUCUUUGUUUCCUUAA